CAUGUGUCGUGGUCGUCGCUGCAGUGUUGAUCUGCCUCUACUGCCGUCGACGAAGACGCAGAAAAGCAGCACUGGCACGAGCUUCAUUGGGCAAUAAUCUCAAUACUAUGCACCCUGGUCCAUCACUAGCUGGCCGCAGGGGAAGAGCGCAAGGCUCAGGCUUUGCGCCAGUCUCCCAGAUGAAUGAUGACGAAGCUUUCAACGCCGCUCCUUCGCCUAGACACUCGUUGCAGUACGACGGAGCUUACGAUCCGUACAAUUCCACCAAUUCGACUGCUCUGCGAACUGGAGGUGCACCAUACUCAAAUCCAUACGGGGCAGGCGCGGCUGCAGGCGCGAAGUACGAUGAAAGCUCAGAAGUCCUUGCGACGCCAACUUCCACCAAAAAUGCACCUUUUAGUGGACGACCGGGUGGAGCUGCCGCUGGAUCGGCUGGCGUGGGAAGCGCAGCAGGAGCAAAUGCUUACAACAGGCCGAACAGGGCUCAACAGAGUUCCGCUGCUGGCCCAGGGCACAUGUAUAGCGGCCAUCAGCCCACUGCUAGCUAUGGAUCCGGCUUCUCCGACGCAUCUUACUCUGCGCCUCCGAGGAGAGAGGAGAGAAGCUUUUACUAUGGCGGCGUGGGUGCUAUGGAGCCCGCGUCUGACUACCUGCCGCAAGCGCAAGGCGCUCACAAUCCCUAUACCGCCAACAUGCCACCAACAUCCUCAACUCACCAUCAGGCACAACCGUGGACAGCAUACGCGUCAGACGCAACGGUUCCGGAAGAUGCUCCACCAUCGCACGACUUUGGAGCGGCAAGAUAUGCUGCGGAAAAGCAAGCCCACAUGGCUGCGCACACACCCAGCGCUAAUUUCAGCAACACCCAGUCGCAUCCCAAUCCGUACAGCAGCGAAGGAGGUGCGGGUCCAUCUGCUUCCGCCGGACAUCCAGCAGCGACGCACACGUCCGCUUCGAGUUCGACUUCUUAUCCGCCUCCACAGACAUCAUCUGCCGCAGAACCUCCUUCGUACGACGCCUUGUCCAUCGCUGAGAGGUCUGAGAGCAGCAGCAGACCGCAAAGUGAAGUCAUGGCUGCUGGACCUAGCAGAGUGGACAGAGCAUCCGGAUCCUUCCCCAGCAGCAGCAGCGCAAACGACAGUCAGAAGAAGUGGACAAGCGGAGAUUUCAAGGAUGGCGGCGCCGCGUAAGGCCUCCGUGCGCCCAUUGGCUACGCGCACUCUACGGCCAGCAUUCAUCUUGUUCUGCCUUGAAGACUGCUUGGUCGCAUGGCCUGUGCGUUCGCUGCGCCCCGCCUGUAUUUGCUCCAUCUUCUUGUACGCCUCUAUCUCACAUCACACACCAAGGACAAUUUGCAAUGUCGAUCGUCGAUCUUCAGCAGUGAUGCCCAAUUUAUUGUCCUUUGCUCAUGUGCUUGAGCAAGCAGGAUGCGCUGCCAUUAGAGAGGAGCACCACCGCGAGCCUGCUCACACUUGGGACAAAAAGGUCUGCACAUUGUUACGUGACGAGAAGAGGGCGUGCCGCGAGACGAUCUGAGUUAGAUGAGAUUUUGUGGGGGCGGGCGUGUGUAAACAUGUUGCGAACAUCCGUGUGACUAGACAUCGUUGCGAGAGGUGUAGACGUGUUAAGAGUGGUGGUGAUGAAGAGAUCGAAGUUGAAAGCCGGGCCAAGCAGGGUCGCACCUGCAUGGCCAAAGCUGGACAAGAAGAAGAAGAAAGAAAAAUUGCGUCCGAGGUCCCCUUUCUCGCCUGGCAAAUGCCAUCGAGGCCAUCAAAAUCGAUCGGAAGACAUAUCUGCAAACG